UCCAGAGAAGUGGGUGUCUGGUCUUCACCCGGGAUAACCGUGUGGGAUAUAUCUCUGGUGGCAUUUUGAUUCUGCAGCUCUUGGAAAACUGGUCCACAAUGAGCAACUACAAACCUGGCGCGUACGGCCGCAACUACAGCUACAACUACCAGACGGGUCCCACCAAGCGGCCGGACGUGCCGCCGCCGCCGCCCAACGCCCAGAAGAGCAAGCAUGGCUACAGCACCAUGUCCUCCAUCGCCAGCACCGCCCUGGCCACCUACAACUUCAACGCGCCCAAGCGCAAGAUGCGCUCAGAGGAAGAGUACUUCGACUCGGACGGCGAGGGCGAGGAGGCCACCCCCGGCAUGGCGUACAUCCCGGCGCCGGGCAGCCCGUCGGCCGACGAGCGGCGUCGCGGCCAGACGCGCUCCGACUCCGACGACGAGGAGGACCCACUCGACGCCUUCAUGGCCGGCAUCGAGGAGCAGACAAAGAAGGGAAAAGGUGGUAAGGGGUCCAAGAAGAAGCAGCCCGCGAAGGGUGUGAGGGACGACAUCGAGGGCGAAGACGACCACGAGUCCUUCUUCAGGUAUAUCGAGGAGAACCCGAACGCCGGGGCGCACAAUGACGAUUCGGACCAGGAGGUGGAGUACGACGCCGAGGGCAACCCCAUCGUACCCGUCAAGUCCAAGUACAUCGACCCGUUGCCGGCCAUCGACCACAGCCAGCUGCACUACGGCGAGUUCGUCAAGAACUUUUACAUUGAACCCGAGGACAUCACGGCCUUGUCGCUGCUGGAGAUCGAACAGCUACGCCACAAGCUCGGGAUCAAGGUCUCGGGGCCUUCACCAGCGCGGCCGGUCACCUCGUUCGCCCACUUCGGCUUCGACGAGAGCCUGCUGAAGGUGAUCAGGAAGCUGGAAUACACCCAGCCCACGCCCAUCCAGUCCCAGGCGGUGCCUGUGGCGCUCGGCGGCCGUGACGUGAUUGGCAUCGCCAAGACGGGCUCGGGCAAGACGGCCGCCUUCCUGUGGCCGAUGCUGGUGCACAUCAUGGACCAGCCGGAGCUGAAGCAGGGCGACGGGCCCAUCGGCCUCAUCCUGGCGCCCACCCGGGAGCUCUCUCAGCAGAUCUACUCGGAGGCCAAGCGCUUCGGCAAGGUGUACAACAUCCACGUGGUCUGCUGCUACGGCGGUGGCUCCAAGUGGGAGCAGUCGAAGGCGCUGGAGGCUGGAGCCGAGAUCGUCGUGGCCACACCUGGUCGAAUGAUCGACAUGGUCAAGAUGAAGGCCACGAACCUGAUGCGCGUCACCUUCCUGGUCAUGGAUGAGGCCGACAAGAUGUUCAACAUGGGGUUCGAGCCGCAGGUGCGCUCCAUAUGUGAUCACGUGCGGCCGGACCGGCAGACGCUGCUCUUCAGCGCCACCUUUAAGAAGCGCGUGGAGAAGCUGGCCCGUGACGUGCUCACUGACCCCGUGCGCAUCAUACAGGGUGACCUGGGCGAGGCGAAUCAGGACGUGACCCAGCGUGUGGUGGUGACCGGCGCCGGCGCGCCCAAGUGGGCGUGGCUGAUGACCAACCUCGUCUCCUUUACCUCGGAGGGCAGCGUACUCAUCUUCGUCACCCGAAAAGCGAACAGUGAAGAGCUCGCCAACAAUCUCCGCAAGCAAGACUUCCAGCUGGAGCUGAUCCACGGAGACAUUGACCAGGUGGAGCGGAACCGGAUCAUCACUUGCUUCAAGCAGAAGCAGGUGCCGAUCCUGGUGGCGACGGACGUGGCUGCGCGCGGGCUGGACAUCCCGCACAUCCGCACUGUGGUCAACUACGACGUGGCGCGCGACAUCGACACGCACACGCACCGCAUCGGACGCACAGGCCGCGCCGGGCAGAAGGGUACCGCCUACACGCUGGUGACGCCGCGCGACAAGGACUUCGCCGCUCACCUGGUGCGCAACCUUGAGGGCGCCGGACAGGAGGUGCCCGAGCAGCUGAUGGAGCAGGCCAUGCAGAACGCCUGGUUUCGCAAGUCUCGCUUCAAGUCCGGUCAGGGCAAGAACCUUAACGUGGGCGGCCGUGGUCUUGGCUACCGGGAGCGGCCGGGGCUGGCAGCUGCCUCGGAACCUACUGAGACGACAGGUUCGGCGGGUUCGACGUUAGGUGGCACGUACGGGGCGCCGGCCGAGGCGGCAGCGGCGGGUCCCGCCGACGCCAGCGCCCCUAGCGGCCGCGGGCCGGCCAGCGAGCGUCUGUCGGCUAUGAAGCAGGCGUUCAAGGCGCAGUACAUGUCAACGUUCACGGCGGCCAAGGACACCUCCUGGCAGAAGACGAGCUACCCGGGCUUCGUGUCGACGAGCAUUGUGACGGGCGUGGUGCCUCCUGCUGGCGGCCCGCCGCCGUCCGGCGACGGCGAACAGAAACGGCGGAAAAAGAGCCGCUGGGAGUGAGGACUGGGAUGGUGCCCACUGCCGGGGGGACGGCCGCGGACACGGCGGCACGGCAGCGAGUGUGCCGAGUGCACGGGGGUCAGGCGAACGUGAGUCCGCAGGCCGGUUGGAGUGAGCGAGCGGAUCACACGCGAAGCAGAACAUGAGAGUGGCGAGUCUGGAGGCCCCGGUACGAGAGCGGCGCCGGGCCGUCCAGGCACUGGCCCAUGUGACCUGCGGAUGACAGGACUCAGCUGCGGUCACCUCGCUCCUCGCCCGGAAGCUUUCGGAAAGGACCAGAUGACUCUGUUGGAUGCGUGAGCGUAGCAUCGCGUCUGCCAGCUUAAUGCUGCUCUUGGACGGACUCAGUUGUUUCACGGCCUCUGAGCGACGAAGGUGUACUUCGAUCGCCGCGCAGGUGAUGUCCCUCGAGAGUGCUUCCAUCUCUGGGGCAAGUUUGUCGUCGCUGUUAUCGACGACGCUCGCGUGGCGGCAGGUGGGCUUCGGGUCACCUGGUUCUGCAGCCCUGACGUCGCGCCGUUCGCCCUCGGUGCUGGGCGCUGUCCCUGUAAUGACGGCUAAGUCCCCGUUCGCCGGCUGACUCGGUUUGCCGGCACAGUUGACCUGUCUAUAAAUCCGAAUCACAAUGUGUUGCCGGCUACAUGGCACUGGUACGUAGACGUGUUUGGUUGGCCGUUUCGCUGUGAAAACCGUUUUUGUCUAAUUUGCGUCACUUUUCCAAUUGUCAACGCAAUACACAUCUCACUGAACCGCA